AUGAGCAACCUUCUUUCCCCGCACUUCAAGCUCGAAGAAGUCUCUGAAAAUGACAUUGUCAUUGCAUCGCUGGCCUGGGGCUUCACCCUCGGGUUCGGCUGGCUCACAGUAUGGACGGCCAUCAAGCAGACGACCGCCAUGUAUAAGCGCCAAGGCAGACGCAUGCACCGGAAUGCCUAUAUCUGGAUGAUCUGGUUAGAGAUUAUCGUGUGUGCAAUUUUUAGCGUUAUAUGCUGGCUGUAUCUAAGAGGCAUCAUACCACCAAGCUUUGAAUUCUAUUUUAGCAUAUUGACGACAUGGGCUCUCCAGCAGGUCCAAUUUUUGCUACAAAUUAUCAUAAACCGCUGUGCCAUUCUACUCGACAAUCCGAAACACUCCUUGAGGCUCAAGGUCGGCGUCGCCGUGCUCAUCACCGCCGUCAAUAUUUCAGUCUACAACAUAUGGAUCCCAGCUCGGCUGCAAACAUCAGACCGAUACAUCAAAAUCAACGACUGGUGGGACCGCUGCGAAAAGAUCAUUUAUCUCAUUGUUGACGGGGCGCUCAACAUUUAUUUCGUCCGCAUCGUCCAGAAGAACCUGGUUACUCAUGGCCUCACCAAGUACAAGCGACUGACGCGAUUUAACAUGUUCAUCAUCGGCUUCUCGCUAAGCAUGGACGUGCUCAUCAUUGCCAUGAUGAGCCUCAAAAAUACAUUCGUAUACAUGCAGUUCCAUCCCCUAGCCUAUAUGGUCAAGCUCAAGAUUGAGAUGUCGAUGGCCGAGCUCAUUGGUAAAGUCGCCAGUAAACGCGACCUUAGCGUAUUAUCCGCGCAGAACUUUGAAGCUAGCCGCGGUUCUUAUCAGCCUUCAGAAUACAGCUUGCCAUCACCCAGCUAUCCGAGAGGGCAGCAAUUCGGUAACAUUGAUGUUACGCUCAACAGCAUUGACAGGAACCCGGUCGAACUCACCAUGCCUUGUACAAGGGCACCAAAGCUUCGAGGUGCAAACGUGGCGGCCGUCAGCUCAGGCCCCAGCGACCGAAGGGCUUCGGUCACUGCGUCCACCAUGACCGAGGAUGGACAGCCCAGGAUGGCGAUAUACCGGACGAGGGAGGUGGUUGUCGAAGUAGAGGCAGUACGUGAUGAGGGGCACCAAGCCACGACAAGCCAGACCAGCCAGGCAGGCUUGGACGACGCGCACAAGACGAAUAAGCACGAAGACGACUCUUACGUCAAGAACCUCGGUACCGUCCAAAAAUCGUUGGCGCUGCCAGAAUACCAUGCCCCAUGGGCCACACAAGAAUUCUGCCCAAAGAUCUGGGACGGGACGAAUUAUGACGAAGACCCCAACCUGCCGACGUCGGCUGCGAAGGUCGACGCGCAGUGGCAAAACAGGCCGUGA